AUGUCCCACCCCCUUCCCCCGCCUCCACACGAUAUCUAUCUCCAUCCGCCCUUCUUCGUCAUCCCUGGCAUAUCACCCUCCUCCCCCAUCAGCCAGCAAACUCAGCAAAUAGACCAGCUCAAUACCUUGCUUUUGCAAGAGAUUGACGCCAACUUUGCAAAGUUCCAUACCAUCAUCACCAGCAAGAUACUGCCGCAGAUCAAGCGGUAUGCUAUUGCCGCGGAUCCAGUCAAGGAGGGCGCCAAAUUCUGGCGAAGCUUUUACGAAGCGGCGGCGGACGUGCAUGUCCAGAUCGCCUCGGACCAAUCCCUUGCGGAGCCUGUCCACGCGGAGGUGGAGUCCCUCCAGCCAGUCGAAGGGGACGAGACGUACCUCGCCAACUCGGACGGCUCGUUCAUGUUUGACCGGGAUGCCGUCGCUUCGUCUACCCCACUCCCCGGUCGGUCCCAGCUCCACUCGUACGACUCGAGCUUCUCGGACAGUAUGGCCAGCCCCUUCGAUACGCUGGAGCGCCGCUUGCGGGAUGACCUCCAGCUCGACGAUAGUGACAUGCCCACUCCGUCCUUACCGAGCGGGUAUGAUAUGUCCCAUCCCCAUCUGGACCAAUCUAGCAUCCUCCUCCCUCCUUCCCACCUCUCAUCCCAUCCCCUCUCCUCCUCCUUCUCGUCUUUCGCAUCCACCUCCGCCGCGACUCCUAAAGCCCGUCGUCCACCCCCUCCCCCCUCUGCACACACGCAGAUGCAAAUGCACAAUGGCCUAAUCGAUAUCCGCACCACCCCCCUCACCGCCAAAUUCCGUCCCAAACUCUCACUCGCCGAUCUGGACGCAGACGACGACGAUCUCCAACUCAACAUGUCCCCUCCCGUCACUAUGCACUUCCAGCUCCCACCCAAAGCUGCAGCGGUGGUCAGUACGGGCCGGACGCCGCGGGCGGCGGAGAGCGAGAACCACGCCCAGCGGAUCGUCGAUGAUCUCAUGGAUGAGAUGUCGGCAGAGUAUGUCGCGUCGCCGCGCAUACCCACACCGGACGGGUUGAGGAGGUACUCGGUCAUGCCCCAGGCGCAGGCACAGGGGCCGCUCAAUACGUCUCGGAAUAUCUUUGCGGAUCAGAUUGCUAGUUCUAGCUCGGGCGCGGCGCAGCGUCAGCCACAAGCCCAGGCGCAGGGACGGCGGUCCAUGGCCAACACGUCGUACGGGAGCGACAUGGAAGAUGUCCCGGAGGAACAUGUCUAUUCCAACGAGGAUACGAUGGAUGACUCAUUCGACUCGCCCGAUCCGGCGCGGUACGCCUACAACCUCUCCACAUCCUCGGCGGGCUCGGACCACUCGGACGCCGGCGCGGUAUUUGGCGGACCUAAAGUGCAGCCGGCGCGGUCGGCUUUCAAUCUGAUGAAGCCGGAUGAGCUGGUCACGUUUCACGGGGGGCGGCUGGAGGAUGCAGCAGGGAGAGAAGUGGCAGAGACGCCAACGAAUGUCAAACAGAGAGAAAAGUAG